CGGAAGUAAAAAAAAAGAGGAAUGCGUUUUCUGUUUUUGAUAAAUUGCACACUUGCUGAUUGAUUUGUGACCAUGGUUUAAUAGAAGAAUGGCAGAAAAUGGGUUGUCACUUUUCAAAGAAUUUUAGCAGAGAAGUUAACAGUCGGGUUUUCAAAGUCCACAAUGUCAAUGACUUGGGAGCUGAGAUAAGCCCAGGCAAGAUUGAAGUCACAGAAACAGACCUUAUCUUUUUCCAAAGAGGAAGAGAACCGGUUAGGUGGCCUUUGAGAUGUCUGAGACGCUAUGGGUUUGAUGAGGAACUCUUUUCUUUUGAGAGUGGUAGACGUUGUCCUACUGGGUCUGGUAUUUAUGCGUUUAAGUGUCGUCGAGCCGAGGAACUGUUUAAUCUAGUCCAAGAAGCUAUUAAUAAUGUUGGUGCGAACACGCACAUUCGGGGUAGUCAGACUAUUCCUAAUGGAACAAAUUUACAUGUAAAUCACGGUGCCAGCCGACCUACCUCAUUAGUGGAUCCGCAUGAGCCCAAUGGUAUACGUCUUUCAAACACUGGUCGUGUGAAUGUCGUACCAUAUGAUCAACAUUUGUACAUUAACGGUAACUUAAUCACGCCAGAAGAAGCUCCUAACUAUGUGAACACAGGUGCAAACAAUCCAGCCAGAACUGAGCCGAUUGAUGAUGCUACUGCUCUUAUUGACUUCCUACACGACCCUCCAACUGCCCCCGCACCUCCCAAGCCAGAACUUGUGAAUUAUGCAGACUUGGACCUGCCCAAAUCCACAGAAAAUAUCUUUGAGGCAAGCGAAGGUGCAUCUGGCGAGUCAGGGAAUCAACAUGUCUCAGAACGGGGCACAGAAAGAGGUGCAAGUUGCUCCGGUUCAAGUGGCCCUGAGGGGUUGGAUGUCGACGAUGUGAACAUGAACUAUGCUGACUUGGAUGUGUUUCAAGAUAACGUUGAUGACACAAAUCCCAAUUACAUUAACAUUGAUUCAGGUGGGAAAGCGAAAGAGAGGGGGGCUACUGGAGGCGGAAGAGGUGAUGGAAUUUUCAGGAUUCCGGAAAGGAAACCAAGUAUUGAACAAAACUACGCCAAUGUGGGUGCUGCAAGCUUUACAAACACCCAAGAUCCCUCAGUUGCAAUUAAUGUGAGUAUGAAUCCGAAUGGCGGAAACAUGAAUGGCAGUGCUAGUAUGUCCUCAAACAGGCUUUCAAAUCCAUGUGGGCUGAAUUACAUUGUUGUCGAUGUUAACAAGACUGAAAGUGAUAGCGCUCAGGGGGCAACAGCCUCUAACUUAAUGACGACCUCGUUGUCUGUUCCUGACUCGCCAAGUAAGAAGACAGAGGCAGGGUACGCUUUGAUAGAUUUCAAUCGGACAGUGGCGCUGUCCAACUCUGCUCGACCUGUCAGUGAGAACGAAGAAGGACUGAGGAAGACUCGGCACAACAGCACUAUUAACUAAAAAAUCCAGAACAAAAAUAGAAAAUGUUUUCUUUGAACUUUUUAAUUAAAUAUUUUUCAACCAUCCAUCGGUGUGACUUCAUUUUAGGACGGAAACAGCGAUGAUUGUUGAUGAACCUAGCGCCAAUGUUCUUGCUGUGCAGUUAAUACGUGUAGUAAUAGGAAUAUAGUUAUAUGUUAUGAUUUUUUUGUACGCAAUAAAAAAAUGGCCAUUGUAUUGAAAUACACUUGGUACCAUGCAAAAAUAUUGUAAUGUGGGUAUAAAUUAAUGUCAGUUAGGUUACUAGAUCCACAGGUAUUUAUUUUUUGGCCUUGAGUUUGAUGUAAAUACCUGAUAUGUGAUUCAAAUGUGUUGUCAAAAAUACUUACAUUAUAUGUUUAAGUUAAAUUAAUAAUAUUUCAUUCAGGUUACGCGUCCAUCCAUAAAUCAUGUACAUUUGUAUUUUAUACAUGCAAUAUUUCAUGUUCUUCGUAGUUAGGCUUAAAAUCCAAAGUGUGUAUAAAGUUAUGGCCCAAAGCAGGGGUGUAGCUUGACCAAUUUUGAUGUGCAGGCAUCAAACUUUUGGGUUCAGGGGCGUCCCUGUUCAUCUGAUUUUUCUUUAAUACAUAGUCUGUAAUACGCAUUUUGACGUUCAUUUCAAGGGGAAAAUUACAUGAUAUGCAGGCCCGGGCCUUUAAGCCUAGCAGAAGUUACGCCACUGCAAAGCAUUUUUAUAUUCGUCUGUGAAGUACCUCUGAUAUCGUGCCUUUGUUCCACAUUUGUAAUUAAGCCAUGGCAAGUGCCAUAUCUUACGUAAUUAUUGAUUUCCAGCCAUGAUCAACUGCCAUAAUAAAGAGUAUUUUGAUAUCAUGUAGCCAUAAACAUGACUACAAAUGUAACAAAAUAUCAAUAUUAAUAUGACAUCAUUUUACAGUUAAAUGCACACGACUCAGUUUGUUAUCUGCAACAUAACUUUAUGUUUAUUCACCUGUUUCAUUAUCUACUUUAACUUAAAUCCUACUGUAUCUUUACCUAUCGUGAUAACAUGCAAUGUUAGAGUAUUUACCUUUUUCAUAACAAUGGUUCAAUCCCUCAGUUCAGUAGAUUGUUUACCUGUCCUGAUUACACGUAAUGGUAGAGUGAUCAUUGAAAUGCUAUGAUCCCUCAAUAUCUGAUCACUUUUAUCAUAGUGUUUACCUGUCCGGAUUACACGUAAUGGUAGAGUGAUCAUUGAAUUGCUAUGAUCCCUCAGUAUCUGAUCACUUUUAUCAUACUGUUUACCUGUCCGGAUUACACGUAAUGGUAGAGUGAUCAUUGAAUUGCUAUGAUCCCUCAAUAUCUGAUCACUUUUAUCAUAGUGUUUACCUGUCCGGAUUACACGUAAUGGUAGAGUGAUCAUUGAAAUGGUAUGACCCCUCAUUACCUACUCACUUUAGUAGACUGUUUACCUGUUUCCAUUCCUAACAACACGCUAUGGUAAAGUGUUGUUUGAAAUGCUUCGUUUAAUCAAACUAUUGCUUUAAAUUUAAAUCCUGAUUUCAUCCCAUGGUAGAAUAUUUAUUUGACUGUUUCAUUGAAACAUUAUGAUCCUUCAUUAUCUUCUUAUUUUGAUGUAGCUGUAAAUGUUUUGUAGAAAGCACAAAAAUGUGGUGAUUUAUUAAAAAUGGUUGUGUUGAAUUUAUAAAAUCAGGAUUAUUAUUUACGAGAUAAUUUAUUAAUUUUUCAGAGGAAUGUUAUUUAUAUUGAAAGUGUUUGGUUUAUAAAUGUUUCUAUAGCAAUUGGUUUAUGAUUUAUAUCAAAUACGCUAUAUUUUUUUUACUUUAUAAUGCUAUUUUUAGAUUUGCCUUUUUUAUCUCUACAAAUUCAAAAUGAUUAUAAUACAGUUAUUAUAAUUUAUGUAUGGGGAAUUUUUCUCCAUGUUUUUUUUUGUAGUCAUUAUUUUUUAUGCCAUAAUAUGUUAUGUAUACAAUAUACAAACACUUAAACUCUAAAGAUAUAUGUUUUUUAGCAAUAUGCUAAAGUGGUGAAAUAAUGACAUCUGCCAUUGUAAUUUUUCAUGACAUAUUUAUGAAAAUCGCCAAUAACUGCAUGUUACAAUGGGCAGAUUGUUUAGAACUUUGUGAACAAUGUUGUUAACGUUAUAAUUGUUAACUUUAAAAGGUGAAAUAUUGAAUGCGCUUAUUUAUUUCCAUAAAACAAGUACAACUGAAACAGUUUUCUCAAAUCUUGGUAGCAAUAAGGCAAUUUACAAGUUUAUCCAUUAAACUUUCAGUGCAGUAAUGAUUUGAAAGUUAACAGAAGUGACGUUAACAACAUUGUUAACUAUAACAUAGUUCUAAACAAGUGGCCAAUUAUUAAAUCGCCUGUGUACUGAAUAUAUUCAUUUUUAUUUCAUUACCUCCCCAGGUAAGUUUCUUAGGACAGGCAAAAUGGAGUGUUGAGUGACUUUGGUAUUAAUUUCAUAAUGACUGAGGCCUAAAAAAGGUUUGUUUCUGGUUACAUGCCCAAAUGAUAUGGGUCUUUGUCAAACAAAUUCUGUGAAAGGGUGUUUUUCAUUGUCUUCGAACCAAGCAUUGGUGAUGAAAAAAUAGCUAAUUGUGAAAUUAGCAAAUGCCAUCUGUAUGGACGAAAAACUUCGGAUAUCACAUUUUUUUAUUUUUGAUAAUAGUUUGUUUUUAAAUGGUUGCAAAUAGAUAUGGUUGGUCGCAAACCAGAUAGAAAUCUAUAUUUUGGCCUGAUUAAAAUUUUAUUUGCUUGUGCAAUAAGCAAAUUCAAUUUUUGGCAAACAGCUUUAGUAUUGCUAAUGGAUUUGUGCUUCAAUUCAGAUAAAUUAGAUCAUGGUUGUGUUCAUUAAGUUUUACAUGUUGUAUAGGUUAUUUUGUGCUUGACUUGUGUAAUUUAAAGUUGUUUUUUAAAAGAUGAAAUUACAUGUAUAUCAUCUUUUUAUUAGCCUGAAUGUGUGUUCAAUUUUGAUGCAAUUUCAGUUCUUUUGGUUUUCCUUGUAAAAAACAAGGUUCUUUUUAUUGUUGUUGAGCCGGUAUUGUUUUUGUUUUGGAAGUUGUGCUAAUACUUAAAACAUUGGGGAUAUAUCAAAAACAUUUUGAGAUACUCACAUGAAACUUUGUAAAUGUAUCAAAUGAAUAUAUAUAUAUACAUGUAUGUGUAUUAAGGCCCAUUACUCUGGUUAAAUUAAUUGUCAUGUAAUGUUCCAUGGUGGACAGUCCCAAAAUAAGGUUAAGUAACUGCAUCUGGUUAGGGUGUUCAUUUUUUUAAAUGUUUCCAGUUGUUUAUAGAAAUUAUCAGUGAAAUAAAACUAAUUUUUCACUGUUUUGAACUGUGAAAAUAUGAUAUUUUAGCUUGUUUUCAAGUCCAAAUCAAACUACAGCGCGCACAGGGCACAGUGACAGUAUUUCUAAGAUGUCAUUUCAUAAAUGGCUUUAUGAUGCAUACAAAUUGUCAUUUUUUAUUCUUUUUAGGCAUAUAAUAUAUUAAAAGAUAAAUUGUUUCAUGUGUCUAGGGCUUUGAACAAGAUUGACUUAACUUCUAUGUUUAUAAUGAAUUACCUCAGUCUUGUUCCAAGCCCUUGUUGCUGUUUUUUACAGGGACUAGACACCACUUGGUUCCAAAAUCAGCAAAAAUAGUAUUUCCUCAAAACAAGAAUUGUCUAUGAGAGUUCGUAUGAUGCUUAUAAUUCAUCAUUUUACAUGAUAAAAAUACCUGAGUUUACCCGUUUAAUAAUAACGCAUUAAAAUUUAUGGUUUCCAGGUUUAUAGUGUGUACAUUUAGCAUGGGAAAGUCAUGUGAUUAAGUACAGAUAAAUAUAUACCGAUGCUAUUUUUAUAUUUGCCGGGAUUUACGAGGUAGACAAACCCAGAAAAUUUCGAAUUGGAAUAAUAUGCAAAAUAUGUGAAAAAUACGUGUGUUGUAAGCGAUGUGAUACAUCAGUUAGUAAAAUGCAAUGCGUUGUAGAUAACAAUAUCAUUUUUAUUUAAGUUUUUGACAUUAUUUUUUUUGCAGUGGUUUCAUCUGGUGUCUAGUCCAUUUAAGGAACAUGCAAUCACAUGCAUUCAUUCAUUUUCCAUAGAUAUAUAUAAGUUCAUUACAUUUGCUUUCUGGUAUCUCAUGCUAUGAUGACAGUAUUCCACAUAUAUGUGUUACAUGUAUAGUAAAAUGGUCUAAUCUAUGUCGGGGGAUAAUGUCAGUAUUUCACAUAUAUGUGUUACUAGUAUAGUGAAAAGGUCUAAUCUAUGUUUGGGGAUAAUGUCAGUAUUUCAUGUAUAUGUGUUACAUGUAUAGAAAAAUGGUCUAAUCUAUGUUUGGGGGAUAAUGUCAGUAUUUCACAUUAUAUGUGUUACUAGUAUAGUGAAAAGGUCUAAUUUAGUUUGGGGAUAAUACAGUAUUCCACAAAUAUGUGUUACAUGUAUAGUAAAAUGGUCUCAUCAAUGUCUAGGGAUAAUAUUCCACAAAUAUAUAGAUGUGUUACCAGUAUACACAUGGUGUCAUCAAUGUUUGGUGAAAUAUUAGUGUCAAGGUUGUCCGAAAGUCAAAUAUUGUUAAAAUAACAAACUUUUAGUUUAAUAUAAUUAUGUUAUAAUAUAAAUCAUGGUUAUCUGUAUUGGAAAUUUUGAAGUUUACUUGCAUAUGUAUUAAAAAAUUGUGUUAAUGUUUAGUCACGGAAAAGACCGUCGCAUAAUUGCAGUUUGAUUAUAGAAAUUAUAAUAUGUAGUAAUCGUUAAGUGUAAAUAUAAAAUAAAUGAGAAGUAAGGCUUAUUUAAGUUAACAAUCAGUUGUUAAUCAUGAAUAAAUAAGUUUUUAAAAGGAAUGUUUUUUCAUUUAAUGUUUUUUGCUUACAUAAAUAUAUUUUGUAAUGCAAAAUACAUUUACUGGAGAAAAUGUCCUUUUAAAGUCUUAAUCAAUGAUUUUUAUUGAAGGAUAUUAAUUGAACAAAAAUCAUGAGGAAAUGAUUUGUUCUUGCCAUUUUUUUACUUGUUUAAUUUUUAUAUAUUAAUGUAUUAAGUACUUAUUGUAAAAAUUGGUUUAUACUGUGAGAUUUGACUGUAAGUGGAUGAUAUUGUGUUGUAAUUAUCAUCAGUGAUCAAAGAUUAUGUACGUGUAUUAAUGUAAAAAAAUAUUUUUAUGUUGUGUUAGGCAACUAUAAAUUAAUUGCUAGAUUUUCAUCCCGCCCGAACAUCCUCUUUUCCCCUGCCCUUUAAAUUUUAUUGACUUAAAUAUAAAUGUUGAACUGGGGUCUGUAUUUGCCUACCAAUGCGGUACUGUCCAGGAACAGUAUUAAUUUAUAUCAGCUGGUGUUGAUGUUAUCAUUCUUAUGUAAAAAUGGAGAAUUGUUACGAUGGUGUUUGUGGUUUGUCUAGAAACACAUGUUAAUUGUCCCUAAUAAAAUAAGACAGAGCAUGAACGCAUACUUAACUGUGAAACACACAUCUAAGAAUAUAUUUUUUUACCCCCGCCCCCAUUAAAAACAAAUUUGGAUGAAAAUCGAGCAAUUAAUUUAUAUUGGCGAUAGGGAUUCAGACACACAUACAUGUAUGUUAAUUUUGGAUACCUGGUAACCUCAAAUGAUUUUGGUAUUAUUUGAAUGGGUUUUAUGUGCAGAAUAAGAAAAAUGUAAAACAUUAUCAAUCAUAUUAAACGACAUAAUAUAUAAUAAGAUCUUAAACCUUCAAAAUAAAAUUUAUUAAAAAUAUGUGUAAGUUAUAUACGUCAGACUUAAUGAGUUAAAAUAAAGAUAAAAACUUACUGGUAUGAUGUGCUGGCAACAUUUAUUUUAUGUAUUGGUAUUCAGUAAAGAAAUACCUUUUAAAUUAUACCAAAAUAACAUGAGAUCACCAUACAUCAGAACUUAACUUUAGGGUCAAUCAGAAAACUAGCUUGUCUGUGGGUCUGAUUCCUUAAAUGAGUAUUACUCAUCAUGCAGCAAUUAUGUCUAGUCUAUGAACGUCUCAUUUUCACCAUCAUCAUUCUGUCUGUAAUCAUGUUGAUAAAAUAGUUCAUGUGUAAUUCUUGACUUAAAAUUGUUCUAGAAUAAGGGACUUAGGGUUGUUCUAGAAAUAAGGGAUUUGAGUUGUUUCAGAAACAAGGGAAUUGGGGUUGUUCUAGAAAUAAGGGAUGUAAGAUUGUUUGAGAAACAAAGGACUUAGGGUUGUUCUAGAAAUAAGGGACUUAAGAUUGUUUGAGAAACAAAGGACUUAGGGUUGUUCUAGAAAUAAGGGACUUAAGAUUGUUUGAGAAACAAAGGACUUAGGGUUGUUCUAGAAAUAAGGGACUUAAGAUUGUUUGAGAAACAAGGGAAUUGGGGUUGUUCUAGAAAUAAGGGAUGUAAGAUUGUUUGAGAAACAAAGGACUUAGGGUUGUUCUAGAAAUAAGGGAUGUAAGAUUGUUUGAGAAACAAAGGACUUAGGGUUGUUCUAGAAAUAAGGGAUGUAAGAUUGUUUGAGAAACAAAGGACUUAGGGUUGUUCUAGAAAUAAGGGAUGUAAGAUUGUUUGAGAAACAAAGGACUUAGGGUUGUUCUAGAAAUAAGGGACUUAAGAUUGUUUGAGAAACAAAGGACUUAGGGUUGUUCUAGAAAUAAGGAAUGUAAGAUUGUUUGAGAAAUAGGGGACUUAAGAUUGUUCGAGAAAUAAUUUUCUUGAAAUUGUUCAAGAAAUAGGGAAUUUAAGGUUGUUCAAGCAAUUAAAGACUUAAUAUUGUUCGAGAAAUUUGAUUCAGGUACUAAUGUUAAGUAAAUUAUCACUAACAUACUUAAACUUGUUCAGGCAACAUUUAUUUGAUCAAACUGUAAAACAAUUCAACUGCGAAAUAAUUCUACUGUAAAAUAAUUGUCAUUGUGUGCCAGUUAUAUCUGUUAAAAAAUGAUUUAGAAAUUAUAUAAUUCUUUUUCAAUUAUAUGGAAUAUAAAAGGAUAUAUUGCAAAGAAAAUGUAUUGUCAUUCUACAAAGAAAUGCUUCUCCUACAGUUAUCUGUUGUACAUGUACAUUAUAGAACAGUGAUAUUUAUUAUUUAGUCAAAGAAAAAAUAAUUGUAGGAACGGCAUAAUUGGUUUUAGUUUGUAUACAUAUGUGAAUGAAAUGUAAAGUAAGGCCCAUUAUAACUCUGACUUUAGUAGAUGUCAAGUUUCACUCAUUGACUUCUUGAUUUUUUUUAAAAGCAUUGAAACUGCUCAAGGUGUAGGAAAAUAUUUACAUUUAUAAAACAGCAGUUGAACAUCUUUUUAUAAAAGUUGCCGAUUUUUAUUUAAAUAUUUUUGAAAAAUUAACUGGAUAACAAUGGCAUUACUUUGUUUAACAAGUUGUUUAUAUGUGAACUGUUUUAAUCAAAACAAGGUUGGCAGAAUUGUGAAACAAGUAUUACUACGUAGUUCCAUGCAAGCUUUAUGGUGUUCAUGGCAUUUUAUUAAUUACCUGUGCAAUACAAUUUAAUUCUUUGUAUAAAUGUGCUAUUUCUUAUUGUUAUUAUUAACAUAGUAAUGUCAAUAUAUGCAUGAAACGUGUAUAUGUAUAAAAGUUCUAAAUGGCUUACAAGCACUUGCAAAUAAUCCAAUCCAAAUAAUUUUGUAAAAAGUCUAGGAUAACAAUUCGUUGGUACUGUUGUAGUUAAGCUUGCCCAUAUUUGAAAGAAAGAAAAGCGAGGUAUAUACUUUGCGUUGUUGUUGGUACCAUUUAUAAGUUAAAAAAUGUAGCCUUGGUGAAAGAUAUUCAAAUGAAACUUGGCACACAUGUUGGCAGAGACAAUAUGCACAGACAUGUAUAGCAAAGUCCAUUACUUUGUCUUAAAAAAGUAUUGAUUUUUGCCCUUUUUUCACUAAACAUCAACAGUUUAGGGUUUGCUUUGAGGCACUUUAGUUUGGUUUUAAUAUAAUGGUAUCUUAAAAAUACCCCCCCUCCCCUUUUGGAGCUUUGUACCAUAACCCCGCACCAGACCCCUUGGCUCAAAUUUAAGGAAUGAGGAUUUUGCUCUUUUGAUACACCAGGGUACAUUUACUAAUGAUUAUUCAUAUAAUACCAGAAUAGGCAGACUUUGCAGUAGAAAAUCCAAAUUAUUGAACAACAGUACUGCCGAAAGCUUAUGUAUUAAUAACAUUUUCCCAGUAUUAUACCAUUCAACAAAUAUAUGUUCUCACUUCUAAUUUAACUUUUUUCACUGGGGAUAAUAAGUCUUUGUUUUAUUCAUAUGUUUAAGUGUUAUAAUGCAGGUUAAAAUAAGAUAAAUUCAGAAAAGUACCUAAUGUUGAUUGAUUUUGGCAUAUUCUCUUUACUACAAUAGAUAUGUGAAUUGAAUUAUUCAUAACAUAUCAGUGGCGGUUCCAGGAAUCUAUAACUGGGGUGGGGGAUGACAAACGUCAAAUCCUUUAAAAAUAUACGUACAAAAUCAUUGAUGCAUUUCAACCCUCAAUUUAAGGCUAAAGUUAGGUGAUUUUAGGGUUCAUUUGCUGGCCAAGUUGGGGGCAUUGGCCCUUGUCCCCCCCCCGUGCCAGAACCGCCACUGUAUAUCACAAACAUGUUUUGAUUUUAAAACUGUAUCUCUACACAGAAAUUUAAGAAAUUGACAUUUAACACUUUUUUACAGUUUAGUGAUGGUACUUUUUAUGUUACUAUUAUUAUUCGUUUAUGAGAAAAUAUGAGCAUUUUCACCAUUUUAAUAUUGAUCCAUGUUAUUUGUUCCUAUGAUUUUGCCUAAAAUACUCGUACAAUAAUUGUCAUGGAAUACAUGAGAAAUAAAAUGUUAGCAUAUA